AUCUUUCAAUCAUAUACAUAAAAAUCAGUUGAGAUAUUUUUCUUUAAAAAUAGCUUAUAUAGUUUGUGUGAAAAUUUGAACAUAUAUCCAAAAUGCAUAUAGCUUGAGCCUUUGAAUAAGCUCUCAACAAUGUCUAAUCCAACCAGGAGGCUGCAUGAGAAGGUGGCUCUCAUAACAGGAGCUGCCAGCGGUAUUGGGGAAGAGACGGCCAGGCUAUUUGUAGCCAAUGGUGCUUUUGUUGUCAUAGCUGACAUCAACGAUGAACUAGGCCAGAAAGUGGUUACGUCCAUUGGUGUCGACCGGGUUAACUUUCAUCAUUGUGAUGUGAGAGACGAGAAGCAAGUUGAAGAAACGGUGAGCUAUACUAUCGAAAAACAUGGCCACCUUGACAUUCUUGUCAGCAAUGCUGGCAUUGUGGAGACGCCCUCUUCGAUUCUAGAGCUUGACAUGUCUAACUUUGACAAUGUAAUUUCGACCAACGUUCGAGGAGUGCUUGCAACGAUCAAACAUGCUGGACGAGCAAUGGUGAAGCAAAAAAUACGAGGGUCAAUCGUCUGCACGGGGAGCACGGCAGCGCUAAUUUCCUUUAACCCAUCAUUAACGGCAUACACAAGCUCAAAGCAUGCGGUGUUAGGGUUGGUGAGGUCGAGCUGCGAGGAGCUGGGGAUGUAUGGAAUAAGGGUGAACUGCGUGUCACCCCACGGGUUGGCAACGCCGCUGGCUUGCCGGUGUUUGAAUAUGGAAGUGAGUGAGGUUGAGGAGAAACUUAGUUCAAUGGUAAGUUUGAAGGGUGUGGUGUUGAAGGCUAGCCAUAUAGCUGAAGCUGUUAUGUUUCUUGCAUCCGAUGAAUCAGUUUACAUAAGUGGACAAAACUUGAUUGUUGAUGGAGGCUUCACCGCGGUCAAACCAUUAAUGUAAUGUCUUUAAUUCUCUUUUCAUUUACUAUGUGAAUCUGUGAUGUAUUCAAUUUCCAAUAAGAGUUGAUCAAGUUUGGAACCACAGCUAAGAUA